AUGACUUCUCCUCAAAUAGAUCGAUCUGUAGUUGCAGAAAGACCAGUUACUUCGAAUACUUAUGAUUGGUUACAAUAUAGAGAAUCAAUAGAUCAAAAUCAACAGGGAAGACGAACAUCUUACGGCACAUUUUAUCGCACUUUGUCAUCACAUUCUUUGCCUCUCUCAAUAUUUACAGAAGAUGCGAAUACUAUAAAAACAGAGGUCUAUGAUAUUCAACUUUCAGUGUUUAGACCUGUCACUGGGUAUCCUAGUAGACCUUUAAAAAAUCCAAAAUCUGAAGAAGCUGAGUUUUUAGCCAUUGUUCAACACUGCAGAAACAGCAUAAAUCGAAAUGUCAAGGAGUUAGUAAGAAUUAAAACAGGAUCUAGUGGCUCCUAUUUCGUCUAUGGAACAGAAAACCAGGCAAAACCAAUGGGUGUUUUUAAGCCUAAGGAUGAAGAACCUUAUGGCCCCCUAUCACCCAAGUGGAGUAAAUGGGCUCAUAGGACGUUCUUCCCGUGUCUCUUCGGAAGAAGCUGUUUGAUCCCCAAUUUGGGUUACAUAUGUGAAAGUGCCGCGUCUCUGUUAGAUAAAAGAUUAGAAACACAUCUGGUGCCAUAUACUGAUACAGUGCAAUUAGAAUCAAAGAUGUUUUAUGAUAAGAGGAGAGUCUGGUUGAAAUUAUGGCGCAUGGAAGCAAGAAAGCAGGAAAAGAUUGGGUCGUUUCAAUUAUUCUUGAAUGAUUAUGUGGGAGCAGACGAAUUUUUAAAAAAGUAUCCACUUCCUGGAAUGAAGAGAGAGCAUCAUCAUCCCUUUCAUACUAGACAAUGUCGGACUGAAAGUACUGCUUCCCAUCCGGAAACCAUGUCAGAUGCUACGUCGGAGACACAAUUAAUCAUUGAAGACUCUAAAAUUCAUUUUCCAUUAGGUCUUCCAACUUUAAAGAAUAAACUCAUUAAAAAUAAAAACCUUAAUCCCAGAGGCGACUUGCAAUUUGAAUGGACUGAGGGUAAUCUUGAGAAAUUUCGAUUAGAAUUGGAAAAACUAAUUAUUUUAGAUUACAUCAUGAGAAACACAGAUCGUGGGUUGGAUAAUUGGAUGAUCAAAAUCGAGCCAGUAAUCGAACCUGGCAAUACAGAUAACACAACAAGGAAAGCUGAAUGGUCUAUAAAAUUAGGUGCAAUUGACAAUGGCUUGGCAUUCCCGUGGAAACAUCCCGAUGAAUGGAGAUUAUAUCCUUACGGCUGGUUAUACCUACCGUUAAACAUCUUAGCAAGACCGUUUUCAGAAUCUACCAGAAGGCAUUUUAUUCCCUUGCUGACGGAUAAGACAUGGUGGGAAGACUCAUAUAUCGAAUUCACUAGUUUAUUUCAAAGGGACGCUGAUUUUAAAGAUAGAAUGUGGAAGAAACAAUGGGCCGUCUUGAAGGGACAGGCAUUCAAUGUGCUGGAAACAUUGCGUGACAUAAGACAAGGCCCGUUGGAGCUGGUCAGAAGAACAAGAUGCAUUGUUAUGGACGAGAAAAUACAAGUUCCUGAGAUGUCACCCAUAAUUACAAUUCGGAACACCAAUGCUCAACCGCCUCUGAGGACAACGUCAUCCAAUGAAGAAAAUUUACCUCCCAAUCAAGAGACAGGUUAUACGGAGUUGCUAGACUCAGAAUCAUUGGCAUCAGAAAAUGCUGAGUUACCUAAUAAUGUACAACGUCUUUCAGUACAUCCAAUUCGUAAUAAAAUUGUCAUUGCCGAGAGAUUACAGGCAGUUGUUUCCGACCCUGUAUUCACAUGGUGUUAA